GCAGCCCGUGAUGCCGGUGCCUGUCCCCGCACAGCUCGCACAUCCGCCAUGCCUGGGACCCGACCAAGUCGGUGGCGCAGAACCUGGCCGAGAUGGGCCUGGCCGAGGAUCCCAACAAGGCCGUCCCAAUCCCCAAGAGGAAGGUGCUGGGGAUGGAAGUGGAAAGUGAUGGACAAGAGCAAGGAAAGAAAAUGGUGCGGAAGCCCUACGUGGUGAACGAGAUGGAAUACGAGGCCAGUCUCCCCGAGAAGAAGUCAAACACGCUCUCACGAGACCUCAUUGACUACGUGCGGUACAUGAUACAGAACCAUGGGGAGAACUACAAGGAAAUGGCUCGAGAUGAGAAGAACUACUACCAGGAUACUCCCAAGCAGAUUAAGAGAAAAAUCAACGUGUACAAGAAUUUCUAUCCCGAGGAGUACAAGGAUUUUAUUGCAUCACUCAAGCAGGAAAAGAUGGACGUGCAGUGACUGCCCUUUUUUCCCUCAGGUUUGCCUGCCAGUGCAGGCUUGACAUGACUAUUUUC